AUGGCUGUAACAUCAACCAGCCAUUCCUGUUUUAUGUGGAAGGUGAAGAGGGACGAAGGACACAGAGGUGUUUCAAGAUUGCUUGCAAGGAGUUAACAUGCAGGACCUUGCAUUUUAUUGAUCACGGUGAGGCUGGUUAGAUAAAGAAAUAGUCUUCUACUAUUUCUUUUAUUUCAAAUGUGUAAAGAGACAUGUAACCCCAUCAAAUGACGAAAAUUGUCUUGGUCUUAAGAUUAUAGGUGUUAUAGAAUCAUCUCACCUGGACUCUUUAGUGACUCUUUAGUGACUGGUUGACUGCUAAAAAAUGUGGGGAAAACAUAACAUUUCAAACAACAACAAAAAAACAACCGCUGUCUUAUCACUAGAAUACUAAGUUGAAAGACGCUUACUAUUCCGGAUUGUUCACAUUUAUAUGGGACUGUUGCUAAAUAGGAAGCAGAAAUUUAAUUAAUGUCCCGCUAAACUUUGAAUGAGAGGUAUCAUUGUAUUUACAAUUUACAAUUUGCACAAAGGCCUUUUUUAAAGAAAAAAAUAUUAGUAGAAGAACCGCCAGUACUAACAAAUCUCUAUUUUCAACUACAAGAGGCAGGAGAAGAAGAAGGAAAAGAAGAAGAAGAGGAGGGGGACGAGAAAGUUGUAAAAUCCCACAUCCAAUCCACAGAGGACGAAAUAAGUAAAUUAUGUCAAGGUAUGUUACUCAUCUUAUAUUAUUGCGCGCUCUAUAUAAUGGAACGUUUUUCUUAAUCAAACAUCUCCUUUGAUUCUUUUAUGAACAAAGCAUAAUGCAUGCCUGAUGAUGAACGUUUAGUUUGUCUAGGAAGAAAAUUGUAUUUGAUUAAAAAAGAAAAACGUAGGCCGCAUUUAUAAGAGUGACGUUUGUGGUUUUAAUUUUAACUUCAGAUUUCAAAGUUGAGGAAAUGUUCUCUCCUGUGGAAACGUCAAAUCCGACCAAACCAGGAAGAAAUGAAGGUGAGAUACAGGUAGUUACAGUAAUUUUAUUAUGUUAAAAAUUUGACUUUGGGUUCCGUCCUGUUAUCCUUAGUUUCGUUCCUUUAGCUUCACUCAUGCCCGUCCUUUCUUUUGCAGAUGACGCCAACAACAAAGAAGAACUACAUGGAGAUGACCCCUGGCAAAUGGAAAGCUUUCCAAAUGGUUAGUGAAACUUUGAUGUGGUAAAGGGGGAUUAUCGAAGUCCUUUCAUAAUUCCCAAAAAUAACAGUCACAAUGAGAAUCAUGCUCACGUCGAAAGAAGUCUUUAUAUCUCAUUAAUUUUCUGAGUUAACCCUGAGUCAUGGAAAUACUUUAUACCACCGUCAUUAAGGGUGGGAAGAGAGUAUUGCACCAUGCGUGUGUGAGUAGAGACCUUGCAAUUAACUUUCUGUUUAUUUUCCUUUCCCCACAAGGGUUAUUCCUAUGCAUUGAAGCAAUCCGUCAUAGCCAAGGGGAAUGAUUGCUCAAAUGUUAGUGGGUUCAGGUGAGUACAGCAUGAGUGCAUACAGCCAUGAAACAUUUUUCUAGUUGACAUAAGGGUGCUUUUACAUACACUGCUUACGGGUGAAAUAAGGUGUUUGUCGAUGUUACUUUAAUAAUGUAGGGGUACAGAUUUUGAGAGAGUCAAGGUACCCACCACCGAAAAAAAUAGAAUAAACUGAAUAAAUAUUCAUGAUAACGAAGAGAAGCACACAUAAUAAAGCAGACUGAGCAAAAAUGUACCCUAACAAUAAGACAGAUUUUUUUAAAAUAUAGUUCUAAUUUAACAUGCAAUCUCGUUGGUUGAAUAAGCUUGUUAUGUACUCAUCUAGAGUAUAUAAAACACGGAGGAAAAGAUGUAAUGCUAUUUACCCAGUGUUUUUAUUUGUUUGGAACAUUUGAAAGUAACAAACGUGGAAUUUCAACUUUCAACUUCAACUUUAUUUAAAUUUGGAAAUAUAGCAAAAGAUACAUUGGGACUGGCCUGCAGUUAGCAAGGCUAUUCGAGGCAGGCCAGGCUACAUAAUUUACAACAAACUAGACAAAUACAAAGAAAUUAGUCGUUAUUUAAGAAUAUAUAUUUUACAUUAGAUAGAUACUAUUCUACUUCAAUGCAAGGACAAUAUUAAAGUGAAAUUUUAAAAAUAAAAUAAAAUGAAAAUAAAGGACAAGAGAAUUACUUUUUCAUUUUCACUAUGAUCGUAUCCACAUAAAUAUAGGAGUCUUCAGUUUCAAGGAAAUCGAGUAGCAUUUCUUUUAGUGAUCUUUUAAAAGCCUUUUCCGGUCUUUCUUUAAGAAUUGGAGGUAUCCCAUUCCAAAUUUUGACCCCAACACGCGAAAAAGCAUUUUGUUUGACAUUGAGCCGAGAUUCUUUAGUAUAAAAAUGUUCAGAGGUUGAGGUAAGUGUUGUAAGUAUGAACACUAGAAAUUCGAGAGAAGAGUUUCUAAAUAUUAUCCGGAGCAGUGUUUAUAUUUACAUCAUACAUAAGACUACAAAGGGAUUCAUAAUAUAGAGACUGUAAAGGUAGAAUUUUUGCAUCGACAAAAAAAGGUAUUGCGUGGUCAUUUGUUUCAGCAAAAUAUAUUAAACGCAGUGUGCGUUUUUGAAGGACAAGAAUUCGGUCAAGGAAAGUUUUACACGCGUUGCCCCAAGAGAUAAGACCGUAAGUUAGAUAAGGUGUAAUUAGUGACUGAUAAAUAUUUAAGAGAAUUUAACUGAUUCUUUAUAUUAAAACAAAUAAAAAGGCCUUGGCCAGGCUCUAUUCUGACAUAAAGCAUUUUGGAAGCAGCGGUAGAGUGCUCGAGAAGAAGCUGGGGAGAAAAACUUGUGUCAUGUACGUGUCGAGAUUUCCCCUUCACUUCUUGAAUGCUCUAGCCACUUCCUGCUUCAGGCGUGCUUUAACAGUUUUCUGUAAUUUCUUUAUAACUUUCUUAAUACGGCAGAUACAGAGACAUCCGAUAAUGAUUCAGAUUCCGAGGAGGAAACCAGAAGUGAACGAGGUAAUUUCAAUCGAAGCGAAAAUGAUGAAAGGCUUUAAUUUAUGAAUAUGUGUGUAAUUUGUAUUAUGUUUUAAGCAUGGUAUAUUCCUCCCUGCUUGAAAGAAAUAAUUAAUUGGUAUAUAUGUUGAAACAUACGAAAAGUAAAAUUUUUUUUUUCUGCCAAGAAAUGCGCAUAUCUUUCCUUUUAAUGAGUAUAUCACCGCAGUUUGCAUUUUGUUUCUUCUUAAGCUAAGAUGGCAAAAAGGUACCUACGAUUUGGUUAUCCAGGCACGGGGAAUAAUAAAUCAAUUUCCGGCUUUUUCUAUCUAACUUUCCCAAUAAACAGCAGAUAAACAGCCUUCUGAGUGUUCUAAAGCAGACGAUUGUCAGGAGUUGUCUCAAGCAAGUGAUGGUAAGUUUAUGCAAAGCAAAAACGUAUGAAAGGUGUUUACUGGCUAAAGUGGGUUUUAAAGUCAGAAAACUGUUCAGAAUAAUUCUAUUAUUUUGUAACUACAGUAGUGGAUCAAGACAUAAUUAACGAAUUAUGCUAAAUAGAAGAGAAAGCAGUGAUUACAUAAUAUGCUCAAACAGAUUUUAUUCUGAUCAGGCACCCCAUCCUUUUUUUUAAUUUUGGCCAUACCUUUUGUCUUUACCUAAACUGAAAACCAGCCAUAUCAGAAGGCGUUGUUGGAUAAUCAAUUUUUUCUUUGAAUAAGUAGCAGAAAAAAUUUAAUGUGCAAGUAACCUUUCCUUCAAAAUCUUAACCUAUCUACAAACUAUGUUUAUACAUUGAUAUGCUGCUAUGAUCCACUUCAGGCAUUGAAUAUAACUCUCACAUCACCGGGGCCAUUGGGGUGACCCAAAGGGUACCCAAAGGUACGUUUAUGUUAUUUUUUCUAUAUCUCUUUGAAUCUCUAUCAGCAAGGAGCUGUAUAAUUAAUUCUACUGUGAGCCGAAGUUAAAAAAAUAAAUUAUUGAUAUACAAUUUCCAUACCAAGUUAUUUUGUUAUUCCCAAAUCGUUUGCAUUUUGAAUUUACAUUGUUAGGAAAAGAGUCAGCAACAGACAUGUGUGUCUUGUGCCAUGAAAAGACCCCGCCGGGGAAGAAAACCCCAAUGAUCGACUGGGUGGAGCGUUCGUUGUGUCUCAAAUGGUAUCACUAGUAAGUAAAUAAAUAUGUCAAUCCAAGAAUGCAAUAUUAAAUUAAACAGUGAUGAACACAAUACACUACUACUACUAAUACUACUACUGAAUAAGUUAGUUCUGAAAUUAAUCUGUUCAUGUCACAAUGUACGCGACACACUACUCUUGGUAAGUAAAAUAUAACCUAAUAUUACCUGUAUUGAAUUAGAGUAUACUCUUUGCUUUGCUUGGUAAUUUAUAAUUUUAGAAAUCAACAUUAGCUUUUGUAAUACUGUAAGAUGUUACGCUCAUUUUGAUAAACAAUCUACCACUAAUACUACAAUAUUACUCCUACUAAAUCACAUCCCAACGCAUAGUAUAUUUCUCCUUUGAAAGCGUGUAUUUGACAAUUUACUCACGCGAUCAACAUAUGUUUUUUGGCUUAUUCUUUUUCUUUAGCCGAAGUGCAGGGGUGAAAACUAAGCCACUUGGGGACUGGUGGUUGCAACGACUGCACAAUUGGCAAAAUGUCCGAUUGUCAUAGAUCAGAAGAAGUUAGAACAAUUUCCCUACUGUUCACAUGAGCGAACUAAAAGUGUGGAAAAGAAAUAAAAUCAAGAUGUAUUAAUUCUAUUUGCAUGUAUCUUGCCCCUCACCUACCACAUUUAAAAUGACAAUACGGUAAUUAGUCGGAGACGGAGUGAAGGGGUUAAAGGGCGGCAGCGCUCAGUUAAUAAACAAGACGCUAUUGGAGUGUGCAUUUAGCCACCACGGUAUCACGCGUAUGUGAGGUUUCUUUGUGGCAGACACGCGAGUCUGUCCCAAUGAUUUUAAUAGCUCAUAUUCUAUACAUUAAAAUUCGAACAUGACUCCAAGGCUUUCUGGUCGUUUUUUACAAUUUUGUUUAGUUUUCUUUGUGCUAAAGACUCUUCUGGGAAUUGCGAGACAAUGGAGUAAAGAAAAAUUUGCAACUUUGACCCUAAAACCUCGCAGUCAUGUUGGAAUAUUUCGAACGCAGGCUAUUGUUAAGGGUUGAUUGAAAUGGGUGAAAAUGGAGGUGUCGACCUUUAGUGGACAUUGCUUAGUAUGUAAAUAGCUGGAAUUUUUCUCGGGAAUUCCUGACGUAAAAUGCUGCCAACGUGCAAAACUACCAGGAAAUGUCAUGGACCGGUAGCAACUUCCCUAUUACAAGUUGUAAGCGAACGUACAAGUGAUCUCUCACUUUCUUUCCUUGGACCUUUCUCUUGCCUCUCCUUCUUGCGAGCCACUCACGCAUUACUUCUCUCCAUAUCCUUGCUGCAUCAGCCAAAUCCAAUGCAUGCAUUUCUUACCCCAGGAGUUUGCCAUCCAAAGCCCAAGAAAUGCUAAUGCCCGCGGAUUGGCGCGGGGGUCUGGGUGCAUUUAGAUUUGACUAAUGCAUUAAAUGAAGAGCUUGCUCGAAGGCAUGCACAUUUUGUCGCGUGUACAUUUUGUCGGACAACCUUUCUCGAAAUAGCUGUAUACCCUAAAAGCAUAUGUCAAGUGUAGAAAUUGCCUUUGGUUCUUGACAUUUGGGCAACAGGGCAGCAAGGGCAAUAUGAGCAGCAAGGCAACAGGGCAACAAGGCAGCAGGGCACCUACAAUCGGCGACAAAAUGAGUUGAGACACUUUCCCAAAACUGGGCUUUUUUACGUUUUAUUAACUUCAAAAGGAGGAAAUAUAGCUUUCCUCCCCCAUCCCCUUGGUGCAAUGUUGUGCCCUUGUUCUAGCUGCCUAUAGAAAACAACAAACACCCCAACUUUGAAUGGAGGGGACAGGGGAGGGGUGCGGAUUCUUUUGUUCUCCGAAAUUAUCCUAUUUAAGAACAAUGUCUCAACAAUUUUGUCGCCAACUGUCUGAAUCUCAAAAGUAGUCGUACGUCCUUUCAAAAGGUAAUUGAAUUCAUUUCUUUAUGCUGGGAUGUAAGACCCCUCAUGGCUUUUUAUUCGUUGUGUUCGACUUCAUCAUACCUAUUUUAGAACAAUUAGAAUAAGGUGAUUUCAUUGUUUUCAGUGCGUGACAUUUUGUGUCACGCUUAACCGUGCCUUGACAUCGUGCAAUGUGGCACGUCGCGCACGAUUUCUUAAUCUCUUCUUUAUCGAAACGCAUCGAAACAAAGAACAAAGUGAAAAGGAUAGAAAACUUAAUCACACUUAGUUUCCAGAGGAAAAUCAAUCAUUCGGUACGCAGGUAUGCUGCGUAAUUACUUGAAAACACUACCGAGUACAAAGAUUGUUAAAACUAAUUUUCCCUCGAAAAACACAGGAAAGGGAUUAUAUGGGUAUCUUAUCUAUCUUCUGAAAAACGACGCAGUGAAUAUAGUAAUCUCAACUAGUUACUGUCUCCUAACCGGUGCUAAUAAGACAACAAUGCAUAGAUUUCGAUUCAGACAAUCGGCGACAAAAUGAGUUGAGACACUUUCCCAAAACUGGGCUUUUUUACGUUUUAUUACCUCCAAAAGGAGGAAAUAUAGCUUUCCUCCCCCAUCCCCUCCGUGCAAUGUUGUACCCUUUUUCUAGCUGCCUAUAGAAAACAACAAACACCCCAACUUUGAAUGGAGGGGACAGCGGAGGGGUGCGGAUUCUUUUGUUCUCCGAAAUUAUCCUAUUUAAGAACAAUGUCUCAACAAUUUUGUCGCCAACUGUCUGAAUCUCAAAAGUAGUCGUACGUCCUUUCAAAAGGUAAUUGAAUUCAUUUCUUUAUGCUGGGAUGUAAGACCCCUCAUGGCUUUUUAUUCGUUGUGUUCGACUUCAUCAUACCUAUUUUAGAACAAUUAGAAUAAGGUGAUUUCAUUGUUUUCAGUGCGUGACAUUUUGUGUCACGCUUAACCGUGCCUUGACAUCGUGCAAUGUGGCACGUCGCGCACAAUUUCUUAAUCUCUUCUUUAUCGAAACGCAUCGAAACAAAGAACAAAGUGAAAAGGAUAGAAAACUUAAUCACACUUAGUUUCCAGAGGAAAAUCAAUCAUUCGGUACGCAGGUAUGCUGCGUAAUUACUUGAAAACGCUACCGAGUACAAAGAUUGUUAAAACUAAUUUUCCCUCGAAAAACACAGGAAAGGGAUUAUAUGGGUAUCUUAUCUAUCUUCUGAAAAACGACGCAGCGAAUAUAGUAAUCUCAACUAGUUACUGUCUCCUAACCGGUGCUAAUAAGACAACAAUGCAUAGAUUUCGAUUCAGACAAUCGGCGACAAAAUGAGUUGAGACACUUUCCCAAAACUGGGCUUUUUUACGUUUUAUUACCUCCAAAAGGAGGAAAUAUAGCUUUCCUCCCCCAUCCCCUCCGUGCAAUGUUGUACCCUUUUUCUAGCUGCCUAUAGAAAACAACAAACACCCCAACUUUGAAUGGAGGGGACAGCGGAGGGGUGCGGAUUCUUUUGUUCUCCAAAAUUAUCCUAUUUAAGAACAAUGUCUCAACAGUUUUGUCGCGGAUUGUAGGCAGCAGGGCACCCAGAGCAACAAGGCAACAGAGCAACAAGGCAACAGAGCAACAAGGCAACAAGGGCAACAAGGCAACAAGGGCAACAAGGGCAACAAAGCAACCAGGGCAACCAUGGCAACAGGGCAACCAUGGCAAACAGGGCAACAGGGUAACCAGAGCAACAAGGGCAACAAGGGC